AUGGCCUCAAAGAUCGAAGUCCUUGAUUCUGAUCUCUUGGACCUCCCUCCAAGUUGCAUAGAAUUUUGGCCAAAUAACCCUUCAUGGUUCGUCAUUGGUACAUAUGAGUUAGAUAAGGAAGAUGAAGACUCAUGGGUAAAUGUUGAGAAGGCUUCGAGUGAAGUUGCUGUGAAUACAGACCCUUUUCCCAAUAAAGAAGGAAUAAUCUCUCCAGCUCCUUUGAGUUUAGUCGAUCAUUCUCACGAACCACUUGUUUUUGUCGAAGAUAGCGAUGUUAUCCCGGAAGAAUCAAAAGGCCAAUCAGAACCUCCAUCAACUCUUCAAAAAAGGAAUGGAAGUGUGAUGCUAUAUCAUCUUGAGGAUGGUUCCCUAACCCUUUGCCAAUCACGUCCAUAUCCAUACGGAGCGAUUUAUGAUCUUCACUUCUGCCCCACAGACCAAGAUUAUUUUGCAGUUUCCUCCAGCACGGGUAGAAUAUCCCUCUUCAAAAUAACGACUAAUGAUGAUACUUCUCCUAAUAUCGAACACGUCAAUACAUGGAAGAUAUUUGAUGAUUCCGUUCUGAUCACCUAUUUUGCGUGGUGUCCUUCAACAUCUACAGAUGGCUACCUAUCUUUAGCUGUAACGGCUUCAACCGGAGUCGUUCAAAUACUUAACAUCACUGGAGCUAUCUACGGCAAGAUACAUGGUUCGGACUUACACAUGAGGAAGGAAGAACCGCCAGUAUCAUUGCAUUCUUUAAAGAUCCCAUAUUCUGGCGAGGAGCCUCAAUAUGCAUAUUGUUGCUAUUGGGCUUGUCAUCCUUACAUAUCUUCCGAAAACUUCGGGAUCUUUUCAGGAGGCGAUGAUUCGAAACUCCGCACUUGCAUUCUAGGAAAUCCCCGUAAUAGGGAUAACCAUGUUGAUUUGAAUUUGCAAACGUCAUACUCGGGGCAUGAUGCUGCUGUUAUCUCUAUUUUACCAUUACCAUGUGGGGGUAGAAGAUGGAUUCUCUUAACUGGUAGUUAUGACAAUAAAGUCAGAGUCAUUGUCAUGGAAUGGUCCCACGGCCCAGUAACGUAUGAUCAGCUUGCAGAGGAAACACCAAUCGAUGUUGUAGCAGAUUUGGAUGUUGGAGGUGGUGCAUACCGACUUGAAUUCCUUCACGAAUAUCCCAGACCAACCGAAAACGAAUCCAGAACUGAGUCCAGCGACGACAUCUCCUUCCAAGUGCUAGCGUCAUGCAUGGAAGUCGGCGCAAAAAUCCUAAAAGUAGAACGAAAAGAUAGCAUCUGGAGCGUUAAAGUUCUCGCAUCCAUUAACAUCGAAAUUCCCAAAUGGCCAAACCCAACCAACAAAUCUCAAUUAUGUUAUGCCAGCGCAGUUCAGCCUGGCAGAAGAGAUGGAGGUCUGGUUUUCCUAAGCUCUUAUUUUAAUAAGAGACGACUGAGUGGUACACCGAAAAGAGUACAGCCUACUAUCACGAAUGAAGAUAUGAUUUUUGUUAGCACGUGUUUUAACAAGCGACAGUUGGGCGUUUAUAAAUUUGUGGAGGGGGGUAAUAAUGAGAUUGACGAAAUUGCAGCUGGAGUUGAGGCUCUUUGA